UAUUUUUUUGAUUUGACAGUAGGCAUGUAGUGCAUCGGAAAAUGUAGAGUUUUAGUGGAAACAUGAAAAAACGUCGAUUUUAUAUGGAAUGUACAUGAAUUCUUUGUGGGAGAGAUAAUAUUAAUAAUAUGGAGUCAUAAACCCUACAGGUGAGAAUUUGAAUACGGAAACACUACAUUUUAUAGAUAUACAUGAAAAGAAUGUGACAAGUAAAGAAUACCAAAACUAUAAGUGUGAGGGCAAAAACGAGAAACAUUAAAUACGCGCUUCCUUUGCGAUCACUGCCGCGUGCGCGGUUGGACCAGUUUGAGAAUUGAGCUUUGAUUGCGCAACACGUUUACCAGUUGCAUUAUAACUUCGAUUCUUAGGAAGAUGAACAAAUUGUCUGUUACGCUUCUUUGGUUCUAUCAUUGUUCGUUGGAGUUUAUUAUGCAUUCAAGGACAGAAGAAGAGACACUGUUGAUAAUUAUUAUUAUGGUAGUCGGAAAAUGUCAGCGGUCCCUCUUGGUCUCUCCAUCUCAGUCACAUUUAUUUCAGCACUCACUGUCAUAGGGCUGCCUACAGAGACUUACAUAUUUGGUUUUGUCACAAUAUGGCAUUGUAUCACUCUUGUAAUCCCUACUGUGAUUGCAUGUUUGUAUUACAUUCCACUCAUUCAUAGACUGAAGCUUGCCACCAUGUAUGAGUAUCUUGAAAUUCGUUUCCAUAGAAACAGCAGAGUUCUAAGUUCUGGAAUAGAAAUCUUAAGCAUGAUACUGUACAUGGGAACUACAGUCUACAUUCCAUCUCUUGCACUUAGUGCUGUUACUUCACUUGGUACUAAUACAGCCAUUUUGCUCACCAGCGGAAUCUGCACAAUUUACACUGUUUGUGGUGGAUUGAAGGCUGUAGUAUGGACAGAUGCCUUCCAAAGUGGAAUAAUGUUUGUUGGAACAUUGGCAGCUCUAAUACAAGGAGCAUUGGUGGUUGGCGGGUUUGGAAAUGUGUGGACAGCCAUGGAAAGAAGUGGUAGAUUCAAUGUGUUUACAUUUGACCUUGACCCUCGUAUUCGACAAACAGCUCUCACCUACCUAACAGGAACAAUGACUUCCUUCAUUAACAUUGCAUGCUGUAGUCAACCAAUAGCACAGAGAUAUUUGUCUUGUGAAACGGUGAAGCAAGCAAGAAUAGCUGCUGUUGUUGCUAUUAUUCCCAAGUUUAUUCUAACAUCAUGUGCCGUUUGCUGUGGUGCUGUGGCAUAUGCCUACUUUGAACAGUGUGACCCUUUAAAAAAUGGAGAAAUAGCCAAAUAUGAUCAAAUAUUACCAUAUAUGGUGCUCAAAAUAUUUACUGAUGUACCUGGUAUGGCGGGCUUGUUUGUAGCUGCAGCUUACAGUGGUACAUUAAGCACCGUCUCAUCUGGUAUUAACUCACUUUCUGCGAUGGUUCUGAGUGAUUUUAUAUUACCAAGAAAUCCUAAAUUGUCAUCUAAGCUACAAAUGAUCACCAGCAAAGUAACGGGUGUGGUGCUCGGUUUAAUCCUUACAGUCAUCUCCUACCUCUGUUCACUUACCAAUGGUACCAUCAUAUCACUUGUGUUGACAGUCAGAGGAUCAUCUGGUGGGCCAAUGCUUGGUGUUUUCACACUAGGGUUGUUCUUUCCAUGGUGCAAUAAAUGGGGAGCACUUGUGGGUCAAGCCGUAGGAACUCUGUUCUGCUUCUGGAUAGCAAUUGGUAGCCUUAUACAGGGGAGGGAUGUCUAUUAUGACAGAGUGAUGCCUAUUUCAACUAAUAGUUGUCCUGCCAUAAAUGCUACCAUUAUGACAUCACCAUUGUUAAAUGACAGCAUCAUAGAUUGGAAUACAACACAAUCAACCAUUGUAUAUAAUUUAGGGACUCCAGUAGAUUCGAUUGAGUCAAAAUCUUACAACAACCUAUAUCUCAUAUCAUUCAUGUACUAUAGUAUGAUUGGGUUGUUUGUCACUAUAAUUGUUGGUAAUGUGGUUUCACUAAUCACAGGAAAAAACAACACUGAAAAAAUGGAUCCAAAACUUUUUGUCCCAAUACUGGACAACCACUGUUUCCCGGUGAAUGUUCGUCGCUUCUUCCGCUUUGGUGUACCACCAUUGGGUCUUGAACAUGAAGAGAAAAUUGGAAAGAUGGACAUUGAUGAAAACUUUCCGUUGAAAGAAACAAAAAAUGUGGUUGAAGUUAGGGAAUUAAUGACACACGUUCAACAACAAUAAUCAUGUUUAUUCUAUGCGGGUGGGGUCUUUGUCGAGGCUUCAGGUUUAUACUAUAGUUGGUCUAUCCCCGCAACCUGGCAGCUCUUGUACAUCAAAAUGUGCUGCCAAAUAUCCGCUCACUUUAGGCAACUAUAAAAUAUUUAAUACAAAUUAAUAUUUCAUUUAUAGCAAAUGUACAGAUAGAAAAAGAAGUUUAAUAAUUUUUUAUAAAACUAACUCUAUUAUUAGGUGUAUUAUACACCGGUGUUUUGGUUAUUUUCAAUAUAAACAUUUUAACUUCUUAAAUCACUAAAGAAUGUAGUAAUUUGUGAACCAAAACGUUUUUUUUUUAAAAAAAACUGUCUUAGAUAUGGACGGUCUUGUUUUUAUUAAAACCAACUGCGGCAUAGUAAAGUCAGGUCAGGUGGAAUAGGCCCUUUACAGGAUUGGUCACGUGCUUAGACACCGCGGUAUAGUACCGUAUUGCACAAAGGGCCUAUUGUAGUGGGUGCUGGAACAGAUUCAAUGGUCAUGCCCAUUUAAAAGACACACCACUAUGGGUUACCACUUUUAAAGUGCAUAUGACACGGUCAAACAACUUUGCCUAAAAUUAAAGGUAUGUAACAAACUUGUCACAAUCAGAGCUUUUAUUAUGUCGGGAUUCUAGGCUGCGGUUUACAACGUACCGCUCGCUAGCGUGUCCAAAAUAAAAUGACCGAGAAAACUAAGGUUAUUCAGAUUCCAGACUAUGCAGAACCCGGAUGUCCGCUAGAUGCAACUGAAAGCGCACACAGACACAACAAAGAAUACCUUACAACAACGAAUAUACGUUACAACAACGAAUACGUUACACUACAAGAAAUACGUUACACUAAACCCCUCCCUCAAAAAAAUGUUUUUCCGACCUCGGAAAGUAGAUAAAAGUAAGAAAACAGGAGCAUACAUAAAAAAAAACA